AUGGUGACAGCAAAUGAAGAAUGGAUGGAAGAGUGCAAGAACCGGAGUGAAAACAUUCACAUUCAUUCGGCUGGUGGCAACUGGAGAAACCUUACGAGCGAUGAGACGUCUAAUAAAUAUUUUUGGAUCGAUCGAACGUUCACGUGCAUUGCUGAUCCAGACCAUUUCGCGCUUGUUCGAAUCAACCACAAGAUGGAUUUUCCCUCAGACACAAAAAACUAUCACUUGUGGAUCGCGGCGCACACGGGCAGAUUGGAUGCAAAAGCCCGAAGAAGAGGAAAGGAUUCGAAAUUGGAUGGCCGAGAAUCACGGAGU